GAUUAAUUUUAGCAGCAUUUUUGUUCAAACAAACAAGGCGGACUAAAUUAAAUGAACCUCCCCUUGUCUAUUAUCGAUUUCCAAUUAUCGGACAUACUUGGAGAUAUUUAACGGAUUGUGAAAAGUUAAUUUUAGAAUCUCGAGAAAAGUAUGGAGAGACAUUUUCGUUAUAUGUAUUCGGUCAAAUAAUGACCGUAGUCGGAAAAGAAACAACUCAUGAAGUAUUGAAAAAAGACCAGGAAUUUAGCUUUAGUGAAGGCAUUAAAAUGCAAUUGCCGCUACAUUUGAUAUUUAGGGAUCCUAAGAUUCAGGGAAAAAAUGCCAAAAUAGUAAGAGACAAUGUCGCAGGGAAAUUAAAACAUCUCAUAAGCAGAUUACAAAAAAAUAUUAUUACGGCCAUAGAUCUUUAUAUUGGUGAAUGUGUUGAACCGAAAGUUAUUCGUGAACCAAUUAAAACCUUAACAGAUAUCAUUGCUAUGCCAGUUGCUAACAUUGUUGUUGGUGAAGAAUGUUACAACAACGAAGAUAUAUUAGAAACUUUUAAAGGCUUAACAUAUUCAAUUACAACCAUUUUUUGGAUACCACCAAUAUUAUCCUUUAUACACCCCUGGCUUCAUCAUCAAUUUACCACAAUUCCCUUAAGGUUUGGUUGGAAUCCAAUAUCAAAACAUAGGAAAGUGAUUAUCAAUCGUAUUAAGCCGGUCAUCGAAAAACGUCUUUAUGAUAAAAAGAGAUUAGGUGACGCUUGGGUUGCUCAAUUAGAUGCAUUACAAUGCUACUUAGAUGAUCCCGAAGUAACUCCUGAUCUCGAUCCAAGUAAUGUAAAUUAUGAUUAUAUUGCCGAUUCAAUCGGUAGAUUUAUUUUCGCUGCUAUGGGAACUACAUCUGGUCUUGCUACCCGUGCUUUAUACGAUUUGGUAGAAAAAAAAGAACAAUAUUGGCAAGAAUUAUGUCAGGAAGCUCAGGAAAUUAAUGAACAGUGUAAUGGAAAUGAACUUACGUUUGAUGAUAUUGCCAGAAUGGUGAAGUUAGAUAGCUUUGUUAAAGAAUCUUUAAGACUUUCUAAUUUUAUAGUUGUUGCUAUUCUCUUAGUUUUUCAAGCCAUAACAAUUCUCACACCUUUUCAUCUUUUCCCUACUUAUUUAAAAAUCAUAGGUCGCAUAGUCAAUUUAAACUUCGCUGAUACAAAUAAUGAUGAAGAACUUCAAGGUCAAAAUCCCACAGAAUUUUAUGCAUUCCUUCAAUCUGAUUAUCUCACGAAACGUUGUACUCCUGGAGGCAAUAAAGGAGAUUGCGAUGCUCGUCAGCAAUGUAAAUCUACACAUGAUUGCCGAGAAGGUCUGCUUUGUUUCGAAAAAAUAUGCACGUAUCCAACCGUAUGA